UAUCCUUGUUCUGAAUGUGACAAAACUUUUAUAAGAAAGAGUGAGCUUAUAGUACACCAACGAGUUCACACUGGAGAGAAGCCAUAUCAGUGUUCUGAAUGUGAUAAAGCUUUUACACAGAAGUCAUAUCUUAUCUGUCACCAGAGGAUUCACACUGGAGAGAAGCCAUAUCAGUGUCUGAAUGUGAUAAAGCUUUUACACAGAAAGUCAAGUCUUCUCACACACCAGAUGAUUCACACUGGAGAAAAGUCAUAUCAGUGUUCUGAAUGUGAUAAAGCUUUUACAGUGAAUCAAAUCUUAUCAGCACACCAUAAGAGUCACACUGGAGAGAAGCCAUAUCAGUGUUCUGAAUGUGAUAAAGCUUUUACAGUGAAGUAA